AUGGGUUCAAUAGGGUCGGAUUUACCAGCAGCAUCGUCUCCCAACCUUGUUGUGACGGAAGCUACACCAGAUGAGCUCAGGCGAAUUUGGAUCUCAACGUACAACAACUGGGGCCGCGCCCUCUCUCUGCCUGACUAUGUCGAGCGGGAGCGUUAUAUCACGACCAUACCAGGCUCGAGCGAGGGUCGGAUGACGAGCUGGGUGCUUGUGGAAGCGGAUAAAUCACCAGAGGAGCGACAAGUGCUUUCAUCAUGCGACACAUGGCGCAAGCCUGCGGUGGCCAUCUCGCCCGAUGGCAAGCACAUUGAGGAUGGAAUCGCACAUGUUAUUGGAGGGGUCUUCACAUCACCGGAAUUCAGAGGCAAGGGAUAUGCGAGCAGGAUGAUGACUGAGGUUGGCAAGAUUCUCAAAUCUUACCAGGCCGACCAGGUCAGCCAUAGCCACGGCAAGACGGUUCGGCAGAGAGAUAGAAAAGGAGUUUCAGAAGUCGACGGGGAUGGAAAGUCCUCAGUCCUGUUCUCGGCGCUGUACUCGGACGUCGGCAAAGGCUUUUAUGCAAAGCACGGGUGGCGUCCGUACCCCAGCACCCACGUAUCGUGGACACCAACACACUCAGACGCGGCCACAUCUACCCAUGGCGAUGCACACGAGAACCCCCACCAAGUUCGGCCCAUUCAGGAGAGCGAGCUUGCAGAGCUCUGCGCCAUCGACGAGCGGCUCAUCCGCGCGCGUCUCCCUGCAGAAGCGGCGCGGACAGGCCGACCGGCGGUGGCCAUCAUCCCCUGCCUGGACAAUGUGCAAUGGCACCUCCGGCGUGAGGAAUACGUGACGUCGCACAUGUACGCGGACGGACGCGUACCGUCGAUCCGGGGUGCCGUAUGGGGCCCUCCCGGCGGCCGGAUUUGGGCCUAUUGGAUGCGCGGCUACUACGGCGCCGUCGAGGACAACACCCUCAACGUGCUGCGCGUCGUCGUCGAGAACCCGGACGAGGCCCGCGUCGAGGACCUGGCCGAAGGCUUCCGGGCCAUCGUGGAUUUGGCACGCGCAGAGGCCGGCAGGUGGGACAUGGGCGAUGUCCAGUUCUGGAACCCAGAGGGCGUGGUCAAGGAGCUCGUCGAGGGCUGCGGCGUCGACUACACCGUGGUACACAGAGAGGAGGAGAGUAUUGCCAGCCUGAUGUGGUACGGUGAGGGUGGAGAGGAUAGGGAGGUUGAGUGGAUUGUUAAUGAGAAGAUUGCGUGGUGCUGA